AUGCCGGACGGGGAGGGAUCGUAUUUGUUGGCCACCGCCGGCGCCGAUUCGCUCGUGAGGCUGUGGCUGAUCGAGAUCGACGAGGAGGCGGCAACUGCGCAGAUGCGCAUGGUCCGCGAGGUGCACGCGCACGGCGGCGGCGCGUCGUGCGUGCGCUGGGGCGGCGCGGGGCUGCUGGCGUCGGCCGGCGGCGACCGCUGGGCGCGCGUGUGGCGCGGGCGGCGCGGCGAGGGCGAGGGGGGCGGGGGUGAGGGCGCGGGGCUCGUGCAACUGCGCGCGGUGGCCGCGGUGCCGGCGGGGGGCGCGGGCGGCGCGCCCGCUGUGGCCUUGCUAGAUGACGCUGACGGCGGUUUCCUGGUGGCGGUGGGCACGCUGAGCGGCGAGCUGGCGCUGUGGCGGCUGCCGGCGGAGGGCGCGGGCGCGCUGGACGACGACGCCGACGCGCCGCGCUUCUGGGACGAGGCGGGCGUGGUGCGCUGGCUGCGCGAGUACGUCACGCGAGCGCCGGGCAUGGGGCUGGUGUCGGCGGAGCUGGCGGUGGAGACGGAGGAGGCGGCGCGCGCGGCGGCGCUGUCGGGCGCGCGGCUGCUGGACGACGCCGUGCCCGACCUGCUGGCCGCCGUCUUCGGCUGUAGCGAGGACGAGGAGGUGGCAGUGGAAGAGAAGUCCGAGGAAGCCCAGGGCCGAGCGGCGCUGCGGGCGCGCCUGCGCGACGAGCUCGAGUGGCUGCGGCGCGCGCCCCCGCCGCCCGCGCUGGCGCGGGCGGCGCCGCACGCGCUGCUGUGCCCGCUGUCGCACCGCCUGCUGCGCGAGCCGGCGCGCGCGGCGGACGGGUUCUCGUACGAGCGGCGCGCGCUGCGCGAGUGGCUGGUGGCGGGCGGGUCGUCGCCGCUGUCGGGCCGGCGCCUGCGCAACGCGCGCCUGCACCCCAACUACGCGCUGCGCGACGCGCUGCGGGCCUUCCUGCGCGACCAAGCCGGGGACGAGUAG